GCAGGACGGAGAGAGGGCAACCCUGUGUAUGGACUCUGAGAAAGCCAGAUGGAAACAGAGCAGGCCAAACAUGAGACGGAAGAAAGUCUGAUGUUAGCACAAUUUGGCACAUCUCACAAUAUCUCAUGCAAACUCCAAAAUGGAGGAACGACUUCAGAAGGAGAUUCUCUACAGAAUACUGGGGAUACGAAUUGGAUCACAAGACCAGCACGUUACAAACCUGCCACAGGAGUCAACUGCAUGAAGCGACAUAGGGAAAACUGUAAUAUCCCAACAUCAGAACAAGGGUUAUUCGAUCAAGGAUCCUACAAAAUGAAUGGAGACUUGACAAAUGGAGAUUUGAAACACGCACUCUCUGAGCAAUCACUGGUCUCUCAGCCGAAGAAAAUGAAAAUAAAUGUUGAAAUUAAAGGGAACGAUGACACCAGUUCUAGCUUGGUGGACAACUUUCCUGAGUUGACGAAGGCAACAGAAUUUGAAUGCAGUUCCCCUCAAACAGAGAUUCAUUUUGAAAAAAGGAACUGUCAUUUUCCGAAUGGGGACAUUUUCUGCCUGCCACGAAAUAAACAAGUUUCAAAUGGUGCUGUAUCACCCUCCUCAACCAUAGAAAGCACUCCAGGUGAUUUGUUAGAAAAAACUUUGUCUCAGUACUAUCCUGAGCAGGUGUCAAUUGCACCGCAAACAUCAGGUUCACAGUUGGAUACUGUCAAUGACUCACUGGCUAAUCAGCUGUCCAAUGAAGGUGCUCAAUCCCCUGUUUUAACCUCACGAUUGCCCAGUUCUGCACAGAUGCCUAACUCACAACAGCAGCAGCAGCCUGGGGCAUCUGGGAAUGCUGAAGGCAUCAACAGUUACGGCUCUGGCAACUAUCUAGCAAAUGGAUAUUCUAAUCAUUUUGGAGCAGACCACCAGCAGCAACAACAGCAUCAUCAGCCACAGCCACCAUCUUUCUCUGGUCGGGAGCAUGCGGUGGAGCAGUCCCCAAGCAUGAUCCCACCUAAAAGCAAUGCUAACAGUUCACAACAUCUGAAUGGUGCAGAGGGCUUCCCAAGUGACUCAAAUACUCAAGGUAUUUAUACAAAUUCCCAGCAAGACUUCAACCACUGCACAUUUAUGAAGCGCAGUACUCCUCUACAGGAAGUAGAGGCAGAUGGAUAUAGUUCCUUUCCCAAUGCAGGGGCACAGGAGCAAAGUGAGAGACCUUUACCUGGUCUUCCUCAGCAUGCCAACGAUGGUUGUUACCAGUAUGGGAUUCAGAAUGUUCAAGAAAAUACAGAUAAACAACACAGAACUAAUGGUACCAGACACAUGGACUCUGAUCUACAAAAGCCUCAGCACACUGGGUUAGAAAAUGGUAUGGAAAGUACAUCUCAGCAGAGAGGUAACAUAUCAUGUUCAAAUCUCAGCCAGAGAGGCUGGAUGGAGUCAAAUCCUUCACAUUCCCAUCAGCAACCAACAGGCUGCCCAUCAUCUCAGGUGCAAGAGCAAGACAUGUGGAGAGGCUUCCCUUCUAAGCCUCGGCCUGAGGAGCAGACAGGAAGCCCCCAGGUUCAUGGGCAAAUGCUAGAGCCAAACUCAGUGCAAAGAUUCCAGACACAGGGAGUUUUCAUAGACAACAGUCAAGGUUCAAACAGCUUCCAGCAAAAACAACAGGACUGCCUACCAACUCAAAUGCAAUGUGCUUCAGUCCAGCACAACACUGCCCCUGAGUGGCAAAAGUCAAAUCCUGAAAUAUCUCAAAUACAGCAACCUUUCCCACAGAAAAUGCCUGAACAACAAACUUUCCCUCAGAACCACCAAAAAGAUGGCCGCUACCACUCCCAUAUUGCAUCAGAGCACUUAUCUAAGGAUACAGACCUGCAGCACAAACUGUCAACUGACUAUGUGAGACAGCAACAGCAGCACUGUCUUCAACGUCCGCUUUCACAUCCACCCCAAUUUGAGGGGCAGCAACUAAAGUCCCCAAAUUACAGACCUCACAGUCAACCUCCACCUGGUCUGCACAACCCUCAGUCCAGCCAGCCUCUCAGCAGUAAUUCAGUUCAGUCUAACCAAGACAUCCAGCCCAGUGACCAUGCAACACACACUGAGGAUAACACAACAGAGAUGCAACAACUACAACAUCAAAGACAGUAUAAUCCAUACUCAGACAGUAAAAACCUCAAGCAGUUUCAUUCACCGCAGCCUAACAACCACUGCCACAAGCUCAACCAAGUGAACUUUCCCAAGACCUCUUUACAGUCCCAGCCUCAUAUGCCACAAGGUGCGUUAAACCAGCAGGUGACAACAGACAUGGAUCCCAAAGCUAAACAGCAGCUGAAUAUUUCCUGCUCUCAGUUCCAAAGGGGACCUCAACUACCUCUGGGACCUGUGGGUCCCCAUGUAGACUUUCAGAGGCACACCGCUCUGCGUACGCACCUGUUACAAAAGCAAGAACGACAGGGCCCCUCUCAACCCUUUCACAGCUCUUGUGACUCGAAACAAAUCUUGAGAGCUGUAAAAAUUGAAAAUGAGGCCAGAUUUGAGGUGUCUGCUUCUCAGCAGCAGGAGCAGCUGCUACAGAUGCGAGAAGCAGGCUUGGGUGGAAUCCAAGUCAAGCAAGAAAAUCAACAAACCAUGUGUGAUCAAAACAAAAAGCAGAGAAGCAUCCUGGCAUCUAUGGAACAAAGUCUGAGGCAGUAUCAGCCUUCCUCUGUGUUUGAGAAGAAAUCCAUUGUCAUCAAUUCACAGAAUAAAGUUAAGCUGGAAUCUUCAGGGCCGGUUACAAUCCUCUCAACCAAUACAGACAUGAGCGGGGCAGAACCAUCAGCAGCCUCCUCUUCUAAUCAAGCUUUCAAGAAAACACUUGAAUGCACCCCUAAAAAGGAACAACUUCUUCAGAGUUUUGUAGAAUCUCCUAUGAAGCUAUUGGAUACCCCUAUAAAGAACCUCUUGGAUACCCCCAUGAAAACUCAGUAUGACAUUGCAUCCUGCCACUGUGUCGAACAAAUCAUUGAGAAGGAUGAGGGCCCAUAUUACACCCACUUGGGAUCAGCCCCUAGUGUUGCUGGCAUACGGGAGUUGAUGGAGAAAAGGUCUGGUUUUACUGGCCGUUCCAUCAGGAUAGAGAAAGUCAUUUAUACCGGGAAGGAAGGGAAAAGCACUCAAGGGUGCCCCAUAGCCAAAUGGGUGAUUCGCAGAGGCAGUGUUGAAGAAAAACUACUGGUGUUGGUGCGUGAACGUACUGGACACAAAUGUGACACUGCCUGUAUCAUUGUCGUAAUCCUGGUCUGGGAGGGCAUCCAGCCCAGUCUGGCUGACCGACUCUACCUCGAGCUUAGUGAAACCUUAAAAAAACACGGAGCUCUCACACAGAGACGCUGUGCUUUCAAUGAAGAGAGGACCUGUGCAUGCCAGGGAUUACAGCCGGAGGCCUGCGGUGCAUCUUUCUCCUUUGGCUGCUCCUGGAGCAUGUACUAUAAUGGAUGCAAAUUUGCCCGGAGUAAAAUCCCAAGAAAAUUUAAGCUACUCGGAGAUGAUGUGAAAGAGGAGGAGAGAAUAGAGCAUAACUUUCAAAAUUUAGCAACCUUACUGGGUCCUUUGUAUAAAACAAUGGCACCUGAAGCUUAUGGAAACCAGGUGGAGCAUGAGCAUAGAGCACCAGAUUGUCGUCUGGGGGUCAAGGACGGUCGACCUUUCUCUGGGGUUACAGCUUGUAUGGACUUCUGCGCCCAUGCCCACAGGGACCUCCACAACAUGCAGGGUGGCAGCACUGUGGUGUGUACAUUAACAAGAGAGGAUAAUCGAGGUAUUGGGAAGAUACCAGAGGAUGAACAGCUCCAUGUCUUACCUCUUUAUAAGGCUUCCAACACUGAUGAAUUUGGCAGUGAAGAGGGUCAACAAGAAAAAAUUAAGUCAGGUGCUAUCCAGGUCCUCAGUGCCUUCCGUCGCCAGGUCCGCAUGCUUGCGGAGCCAGCCAAGUCUUGCAGGCAAAAAAAAUUGGAUGCAAAGAAGGCAGCUGCGAACAAGAAUGCCAUGUUGGAAAAUGCUAACGACAAGGCAGAAAAGGCCAACAUGGCCAAGUCAAAAGGUGGCACUUAUGAGACUACUACUCAGAGCACUCUAUUGGCAGGUAGUGCCCAGGUGUUAUGGGAGCAACCCAACACUCCGGUCAUCCAUCACACCCUAUUGGUGUCCAUCCACAGCAAGUACAGCAACAACAGCACCAAGGCAUACUUCCCCCUUAUCCUGGCUCAACAAAUGCCUCUGUAACUAGGUUCCCCAACAAUCCUGGGUCAUUUUCAAGCACUUCCAAACCAGGCAACAUGUUUUCCCCUCAGCCACCAGCACCAAUAAGCCCUUAUCCUUCUCCCAUUCAUGUACAAAACUCGUAUAUGAAUGGAUCGAAUCGCCCAUUCCCCAGUUACCAAUGUAAUGGAGGAAUGCCUCUUGACAAUUACCAUCCAUACUACACUUCAAACCAAAAGCACCUAGACAUGUAUCGACAACAGCGACCAGCGCUUUAUCCAGAGCAGCAGUAUGGACUGCAUCAACAGUAUGAAGUUAAUUAUCCACCAAGAUAUAGCGAGCCUGGUUUACAAGUAAAUGGUUACAAUCCCAUGAGACCAGGCCACCCCAUGAGAUCUUAUGGCCCCUAUGGUCCUAACAGGACCUUAGAUGCUCAGUUUAUUGACCCCCUCUUAAGAGGACCCUCUGCCCACGGAGGAAUAAAUUAUCCACCUACAAUGAACAAAGGCAAUCAGUUUGGAGACUAUCCAAAUCCAUACAUGCCUCAGAGUCCAAACAUUCUCCCCCAAGUUCAAGAUCCUUUCCAUAUGCAAAUCAAGAGAGAGAUGGGUGUGCCCGGCAGCUCACAGAUGCUGUCUGCACAGGUGAGGGGUGGGUGUUUAAAUCCUGAAACACAGUCAGGAUUAGGUCUGCCAAAUGGCGGAGUCAUAAAGCAGGAGCCUGGAACACCCCAAACACCCACAACCCCACAAAAGCCAGAGAUGUGGUCAGACAACGAGCACAAUUUCUUGGAUCCUGAUAUUGGUGGGGUGGCUGUUGCACCAAGUCACGGCUCAGUCCUUAUUGAGUGUGCAAAACGGGAGCUCCAUGCCACAACGCCUCUUAAAAACCCAGAUCGCAACCAUCCGACGCGUAUCUCCUUAGUCUUCUACCAGCACAAGAAUUUGAAUGAGGCAAAGCAUGGACUAGCACUGUGGGAGGCCAAGAUGGCUGAAAAGGCUCGAGAGAAGGAGGAAGAGGCCGAGAGGAAUGGUGGCGAAAGCACACCAACCAAGGGAAGCAAGAAAGGGGUGAAGCGUGAGCAUCCUGAGUCAUCUGAAAGUGUAGGGGAGCCUCCAUACAAGCGUUUUAUCAAGGCACUCCUGGAGGGACCCUUAUCAUGCACAAGUAACACAUAUGUCAGUACAACUCCAUAUGCAUUCACCAAGGUCACUGGGCCUUACAGUCAGUUUGUGUAGAAAACAACUUACUACAAAGCUGAAGAUGUUAUAAUGCAAAUUAUCAAUGGCACCAAAGGCCUUUCAGCAGCCUUUUUUGUGCGGAAGAAGGAAUACAUGAUCAGAUGAGACAUGAAUAAUUCUUCACAGCAGGUUUUUCACCUCUUUAACUACCAAGCUUUACCAGUUCACUCUACUAAGGAUGUAUUUAUUUUUGUUUGGUAUCUUUUGCAAUAUAGAAAAAAAAAACUGGUGCUUCAGUCUGAUACACAAGGAUCUAUUUUAGCUGGAAACAAAGUUUCAUUUUUGGUGGAUUUAUUUUUGUUACAAAAUUUUGAGGACAAAAACUUGGCAUAAAACACUGACUUUGUAGAUGACAAUAUUCAUGGUGCUAAAGUAGGCACUUGUUACCAUUUAUUUCUAUUCAAAUGCCUUCACACUAAAAGGAAAACACACUCAAAGAGUGACACUCAAUACCUUCUGUGUACAGUAUAUAAACAUUUGUGAACCUGUCAACGUCAAAAGAAAGGCAAAUUUUCAUGGAGCACUUUUAGAUCAUUAAUGUUUUGGUAAAACUUUUUAAAUGAAAAAAAAAUUUCUGGCUUCACUGCAUUCAUGAAAUUCUCAUGGAUUAUUAGCAAUGGGAUGGUGUGAGCAAUCCAUGAAAGUAUUUAAAGAACAUGCAAAACAGUAAAAAAAAAAAAAAUCAUGUUGGUGCUUCUAUCACUUACGGCUGUAAUUUAUACUGUCUCAUUGAGCCAUUCUUAUGGUGCAUUUUUAAACAUUUUGAGAAAAAGAAAAAAAAACGCUUCUUAUAUUUUAGUUUUUAUCAUGUUUACUUUGUUGUCAGUAACUGUUUUUAAUCAUCUUUGCAGCAGGUUUGAAGAGCAAACCUGCUUUGUGAAUAUUACAUGUAGUUUUAUGUCUGUGGAGCUCAGUGAAUGUGCUUUUGAUACACUGAGGAACACAAAACAGGGUAAGCUCAGUGUCAGUUUGACAGGGCAGCUGGCUUGCUGUGGGAUCUUUUCCUAUUGUAAUCUAAAUGUAAGAUACACAGGUGAGAUAUGUACAGUAAAUUAAGUUCCUGUUUUGGAUUUACUGUUAGAAAUUUAGUGUUGUAAAGAGUCCUUACAGCUUACUUCAUUGAAUUUCUUUUGGUUUCAACUGAUUUUAUUUCAUAAGGUGCUAUUCAACCUACUAGAUAAUACAAUGUGAGACUCUGAACAGAGAGAAGGCUUUUAAAUAGUGUACAGCAUAAACCUGUCAUAUACCUCAAAACUAGUUUGGCAAUAGGACUUUUACAUAUCUUUUGUCAUUUGUGUAUUACUUUCAAAAUGUAAUUUACAUUUAAAGUUUAGGCCAACAAAAGGCAUAAAAGUUCAUCUCUUACUUUCAGUACGAUAUGAAAGUACUACUUGAACUUUGAUAUUACUGUAAAUCAGGGACAUUUUCAACUAAUUCUGUGUACAUUGUCAUUGCCUGUAUUCAUCUCUUCUGUUUCAUAUUGAAGUACUUGUCAAUACAUCCCAAAAUUGAAUAGCAUUCUUGUCCAAUACAGUUAAAAAACAAAAAAAUAUUCUUGGAGGAAAGAUGAACAUCCUCACCUGCAAAUUUCUCCUUAUUUUAGUUAGAUGGCGGCAUUUUGUUGAAAGAAAUCUGAACAUACAUGCACUGACCUGACUAAAGGGAAUGAUAUUAAAUUGAAAGCAAUCAAUGUGCUUUUGCUAUGAGGCAAGAACAGGGCAGUGAUUAUGUAGUUGCACAUCUUUGUGUCUGUGUAUAGAUAAAUUUAUUUAUAACCACUAAGCAAUUGUAUAAUGAUUUCUUCCCUCUUUAUUGCAAUGCAAUUGAAUGAUAGUCACAUUAUUGUAACAACUCACCCCACUCUUCCACAUAUUGGUUUUUUUCAAAGCACUUCAUUUAUUUUUCAGGAAAAGAAGUAUGUAGUUAAGAGAUACAAAACGUUUUAUUUAAACAAAUUGUAUACGUGUCAAAAAAAAAGAAAAAAGAAAAAAAAAGAAUGAAGUCACGAUGUGUAUAUACAAAU